AUGAUUAACAAUGAUUUAUUAUCAAUAAUUAUUGCAUCUUCUUAUGUUUUAGCUAUUUAUUAUGAACAACCACAGAAUUUAAAGAAUUUGAAUAGAAAUAAUUUACAAGUUUUAAAAUAUAGGUUGAAAAGGGUUAGUUUAUUAUGUGCCUUAUUAAUAUUAAUUAUACCUAAUAUAAUUGGUGAAUCAUCAUAUGUCGAAAACUUAAAAUCAAUUGGUAUUAUACCUAAGAACUUAAAGAGCAUUGGAAAUAGUUUGAUAUUUAUUCUUAUUAUUUAUUCGUCAAGUAUAUUUAAAUUACUUUAUACCUCAAAUUAUCAACUUAUAGAUUUUGAUCAACAUUGGUUAAUUCAUUUUAGAGAUUAUAUUUUUGCACCAAUAACUGAGGAGUUAAUUUAUAGAGGUAUUGUUAUAUUUGUAUCUGGAAUCAAAUGGUAUACUCCAUUUUUAUUUGGUAUUGCACAUUUACAUCAUGGUUAUCAAAUGUAUACUGAACAACAACCAAUUUUCAGAAUAUUUUUAGUUGUGUUAUUACAAUUAAGUUAUACUUCAUUAUUUGGAUAUUUGUCACAGAAGAUUUACGUUAAAUACGAUUAUAAUUUAUGGUGUUCAAUUUUAACUCAUUCAAUUUGUAAUUUAUUUGGAUUACCUGAACUUAAAUUAGAUUGUAAAUGUCCUGGUGGUAAUAUAAUAUUUUAUACAUUAUUAGUUAUUGGUUUUAUUGCAUUUAUACAUGAAUUGGUAGUAUAG